AUGCUAACAGCUCACGCGAUAGCGGUAUCGGCGAGUGCGCUGCCGGCGGCGAGGGCUAGUGUGCCUCUGGCCGUGACGCCGAGCGCCGCGACGCCGCACACCGAUCUUCACCCAUACCGCGAACCGCGAAAACAAACUCCCGGCAAUUAUCUCUGUGAUAAGACGAUACAAGGCGCUAUCAGUUGUGAUAAGUUAAUAGUG